AUGGACAUGUUCUCAUUUUUGCCUGACCAUCUUCUUGUAAUCAUAUUGUCCUUCCUUGCUUUCCAAGAGGCGGGCAGAACUUCAGUUCUCUCAAGGAGAUGGCAGAACAUUUGGCGUCAAACAAGAAAUAUUGAAUUUAAUGAGCGUUUCUUUUCCUACAUUGGUGCAGAUGAUGAGGCUAGGAGAAUAGCUUUCGUAAACUUUGUCCAAAACUGGACUGAUAACUAUCAACCUUCGGUUUUGGACAGAGUUUGUAUAACAUUUUCUCGGCCUGGAAACUUCCUUGUGCUUGUGGAAGAUUGUAUCAGGUUUGCUGUUACGCGUGGAGUGAAGGUUCUAGGGCUUGAUUUCUCUGAUCCAUCAUGGAAUGAUGAACUUCUAGAACUUGGCAAUUAUCCUGAACCUGCAUAUGUUCUGCCUCAGUUUGUCUAUCAACAUGGGGUUCUUGAAUCUCUAACCCUCAGUUCUUGCAACUUCAACUUGCCCGAGAUUAUCAACUUUCAUCUCUUGAAGCAUCUUGCAUUGGGUUGGAUUGAACUGCCUCUACCUACACUCUCUGUGCUACUAAACAAGUUUCCAUUGCUCGAAAGCCUGAGUGUAAAGAACUGCUGGAACACAGAUGGUCUUCAAGUUGGUGGACAAAACUUGAGGUUAAGAAGCUUAGUCGUUGAGAAGUUCAUCAUGUCUGAGAAUCCUUGGAUUGAAAUUGAGGCACCACAUCUGCGGUACUUGAAGUAUUCAGGGACAAUGGCUGUGUUUGAUAUCGAAGCUGGGGAGUUGGAAGAGGCCUACCUUGACUUUGGACUCGAGUAUGAAGGCAACGAAGGAAUGGGGGAUCUCCUCUAUCAACUCCUCCACCAACUUCCUGUUAGAACACUCACAGUAUGCACGUAUAUGCUUCAGGUUCUGCCAUUGGAACUGAUAUCCAAUGGUGUAACUCCUGUCUUCGGGGUGGCGAAGUUAACUCUGAGGACCGCAAUGCUCAGUUGUGAGCAGAAAGGGGUCAAGUAUCUCCUCAGAAGUUGCCCUGUCUUGCAAGCUUUGACCAUCCAAAUAGUCCCUCAGAGACUAGUUGAUCUUGAUGAAGGUCAACCGGAUGAUGUACGUCAUGUAUGGACUCUAAAUGCACUGGAGUACCAUUGUAUAAACCAAACAUUGAGAGUUGUACAGGUGAAAGGUUACACAGGUACGAGACACGAAAUUGGCUUUCUGAAGUAUCUCUUUUGCCGUGGCCGUGUGCUCGAAAAACUUCAUAUUAGUAUCGGCGAGGAGCUUUUGAACCAGAGGAGUAUUGCUGAAAAUCGGCAACUUGUAAUUCAAACAUUUCAAGGUUUGAGAAGAGCUUCAAAUAAUCUCCGAAUAAAUACAUAUGGUAGAUGA